CCGGCCGGCACUCGCGCGUCCCGGCGCUGAAGAUGGCGGAGGGCGGCGGUGGCGGUGCGGCUCCCCCCUCAUGCUCGUCCUCCUCUUCCUCCUUGAAGGGGCUGCGGGAGCAGAUGGUUGCUGCAGCCCAGGCCAUAGCAGAAGAAAGAAGAAGCCAAAGUGGCAUUAGCCCAAUUGCAGUUCAGACCUCAAUAAAUAUAAAGACAGCAACCAAACCAGUGAUAGAUGGUUCCAUCUUAAGAACAGAAGAAAGACAAAGACUGGCCAGGGAGCGUAGAGAAGAGCGGGAAAAGCAACAAGCUGCCAGAGAGACACAGAUCCUGGAGAAGGAGAGAAAAGCAAAACUCCAGUAUGAAAAGCAGCUAGAAGAAAGGCAGAGAAAGCUGAAAGAACAGAAGCAGAAAGAGGAGCAACGAAGGGCAGCAGUAGAAGAAAAGAGGAAACAAAAAAUCGAGGAGGAAAAGGAGCGAUAUGAAGCAGUUCUGCAUCGUACCUUGGAACGGAAUCAGCGACUGGAAACACGACAGAAGAGAUGGUCCUGGGGAGGAUCUGUAACUCCAGACUCAGAGAGCAAAACGGAGCAACAGACGGCAGCUGAAGGUGGAACUGGUGCCAGCAAGCGGUCUACCUCCACAGCAAACCUCAAACAGGCAGAAGCUGUCAUGGAUAAACGGUUGUCAUCAUCCGCAGCGCUUUUAAACGCUUCUCAUCAAAGUACCACAAAGAGAAGUGCCUCAUUAAACAGACUGAAUAACAAAGUUCCUCCACAUUCCCAGCAGUCAGCACGCAAAGGUGCACAGGUGGAACAGAAAGGAGGAGCAGACAAGAAGAGGAGCACAUCUUUGAAUAGAGUGAAUAAUAAACCCCAGUCCUCUCCAGAGCUAGAAAAAGUGAAAAAGGAAGAAAAACCAGCUCGUCGCUCCCAGCUCAGUCCUCUGGACAGUAGCGUACUCAGUCGCCUCCUCGCCCCUACACAGGCCUCUUUAGCUAGGAGUAAAAGUGCUGCUACAUUAUCGGCUGAUGGACAGGAUCCCUCAGAAUCUCACCUCUGUCCUCGUUCAGCUUCUGCCAGUUCCAUCAGUUCCCCAGUCCCAGCUCCUAAAGUGCCCGUGCGCAGUCGUAGCAUCGACAGAUUGAAGUCCUCUGUAUCUUCAUCUGAUGCAAGUUCACCGGAUUCAACCCAGAAAUCAGAGACAGACAAACCAUUGCCAGGUUCCGGUUUAAGACGCCCUCCCUCGCCAUCUGUGUCUGCCCGAAGAAGAUCCCCCUCUCCUAGUCUGGUGAAGCAUCCUCCAUCACCUUCUGCAGUUAGGCAGAAGACCCGCCCACCUUCCCCUGGCGUGUCAAAACAGAGGCCACCCUCUCCUAGUCCAGUCUCUAAAUCAGCACCCGUCCAACGUCCACCUCUCACACCUGGUGUCAUGAGCAUUACCAAAAAGAAAACUGAAGCAGAGAGCAAACCAAAGGAUAAGAGCACAGAAGGAACAGGACAGGAGCAAGGUGUUUCACCAGCCGUGGACAGGGAUGCGGUAGCAGCUAGCGCAAAGACCAAAGAAGAAUCCAGUAGCAAAACAGUAGCAGGGACCACCACAGCUGAAGAAGCUGCUAAAAUCUUGGCGGAGAAACGGCGUCUGGCACGGGAGCAAAGAGAACGUGAAGACCAAGAAAGAGUUCAGAGACAGGAAGAGGAAAGAAUCAGAGAAGAAGAAAUGGCCAAGAGAGCAACUGAGGAAAAAGCACGACGGGAGGAGGAGCUCCGCAAGCAGGAGGAAGAGAAGAGACUGGCUAAUGAGGAACAACAGAGACAAGCAGAAGAGGAGAGGAUCCGCCAAGAGCAGGAAGAGCAGGAGAAACUUGCAGAGCUCCAGCACCAGAGAGAAGAAGCUGAAGCAAAAGCUCAAGAAGAGGCUGAAAGACAAAGGCUGGAAAGAGAGAGAAUUAUGCAGCAAAAUAUGCAGGAAAGGCUUGAAAGGAAAAAGAGAAUUGAAGAAAUAAUGAAAAGAACACGAAAAUCAGAUCAAAACGAAUCCAAGUUGCAGAAUGAAGGGAAGUCUGUCUCGGAGGCUAUGGAGGGAGAGGAUAUUGAAGAGGAGGAAGAGCUGGGCCUGGAGAAGACUGAUCAACCAGGAAAGCUGAAUGGCAUUGACCUGCUCCAGGAAGUCAAGGGGGAGGCAGAGGGUUGCUUAGAGACUGCACAUAGCUUGAUCUCUACAGAGUCUGAGGAGCAAGAGGUGUCCGAGGUGAAGGCCAGUGAAGUGUUUAUGAAUGGAAGUGAUUUGAAAAGUGAUGAGAGGUCUCUACUUGUUCCUGAACUGAAGGAUUCCAGCCAUCCUGCAAAAGAAAUGGUUAUUGAUGCCUCGGUGGAGUUGGGUGUUAUUGAAGCUGAUCAUACGGUUGGACUUAUUCAGAACCUUAAUGGCAAAGCCAGUUCAUGGACUUUUGAGGAGUUCAUUGACAUUGGGGUACAUUCCAAGUCACCCAAACUGAGCUCGGACAGCAUCUCUGCUGGUAACUGUAAUCAAAACUUGAAUGAUGCUGCUACAAUACCUUCUAGUCCCAAAUUGGCUUUUGAGGAAGAUGGUGCAGUGAAUUCAUUGACCAAACCUAUAGAUGCUUCAUCAGGUAAUCCAAGCUGACUUCCCUGUCUCUCUCUUCCUCUGGCUAGGUAAUUAACUUCCUUGCUUUUUACUCUCCUUGCCUUAACUACAGCUUCCUAUUUUCAAGGCACUUUUUCCACUGUGUAGACUGGAGGGAAAGCUCUUUCUUUAGUGCUUGUAACUGGAACACUGUCAAAAGGAGUCACCAACUGAUGCCUUUUAGGGACUUGGUCUAGACAGCAACUAAGGCCCAUCGUUAAGGCUCUUCCAAAGACACAGCUGAGCCCCUGUGAAGCUCCUAAUCUCCUACCAGCACUCAAGCCCCUCUGUUGUAUUUUAGGCUGUUUCUAAGAUACCUUAAAUGGCACAUGUUACUUUUGAAGAUGCUAACAAUUUGAAAGGUGUCUGAUGUAACUCUACAGACAAGACCUGUCCCAUCCUAGCCAUGUUCUGUAACUUCAUGAUGCCGACCUGCAUGGUCUUACAAAGGUCUCUGUCAAGGUGUUAGCUGUCCUCUACUUACAGUAGAAUAGCCUUUCCCUUCAUUGAGGAGGAGUAACACCAACCUUAAAUUCCACAGAUGGUUGUGUUACGUUUUGGGAGGAGCAAUAACGCUGCACACACAAUAGUCUGGAUUUUCCAGAAAGAAGCAGGGCUGCAUCUGAAGCCACAUGUACUUGAAAAGCCAAACCCUGAUGCAGUACAACAUAGCAUGUCAGAGAGGCUUCAGCGAGCUAGUUCAUGUAGGACUAAACUUGUCUGGUGUUGGAGCAAAAGCCCAAAUAGAUAUGCUCACAGCAGGAGGUCUUUUGCAGGAGAGAAAUGACUGUGAACAGUGGAAAUGAAUGGUAGCUGAAGAAGCAAGACUUGCUCUCCACAUUUUCUUUCAGUGAUGUGUAGCACUGGCUCUGAUUAAAGUGUAGCACUUUUCUAGCCUGAACUGUUUCCUGAGUCUCCUCUGUCACUCUGCGUCUUGUCAUCCCAUGGGCACAGCCUUAGUGAGACUUCCCUUGAGGCCAUGACUAACUGGAUUCAGUGUGAUGCUGCUGAUGGCAUUUUGUUCUGAUCAGUCAUUAACUUCUUACUAAAGAAAGCGUUGCCUUUUAAUGGUAAACUUGAAAAUGGUCAGUCAUGAUAUGGUUUAAUACAUAAUGCAUAUAUAGAAAAGGAAAAGCUUCUGCACUGGUUUUGGACUGUUAAGUAACCAAGGGGCUCAGUGCUCAAUGCCUGGCUGUAGCCUCUAACAGCCCUGAUAGACCAUGUGGUGUGCACACAGUUAUGAUGGUUAAAUGUUGUCUUCUCUUUGCUCUUUGGACAGAAAUGUGAACACACACUAGAGACCUGGAACUAACCUGAUUGCACUUCAGUAAUCCAGUGUUUUACCAAGUACCGAAGGCCUUGUUUUGAAAAGCUGCUUCUUUACCUUUAUCCAGCUUCAAGUUUGCAAAACCAUACAAAAACCACCAGGGAGAGGGAUGCCAAACCUCUGCUUUGCACCUUGAAACAGUUCAGGGAAACUCGUGCUGAUGUUCCUUUUCCAUUCAUUUAGCUAAGUGUUAGAGAUUUCCUGGUUCCAGUAUCACUUGUUUGCCUUCACAGUAACCUGUCUCUGGUUUAGUUUUCCUGUCAUGUACAACAAUGUGCCACUGGAGGCUCUCUACUUAGAUCCUGGCCACAUUUUGCAUCUUCCUAAACUGGCACUUGAUGAAAUAAGACUCAUUGAGUGUGUGGUUAAAGCUGAACUUCCUUUGUAGCAUCCUAGAACAAUGCUGUUCCUCACUGGUUCAGGUGCUGUUUAAAACUGCAGAAUUGAAUGUCUUCAGUUUUGAAUGGAGAUGCUAAAUUCCUUAUUUCCUAGUGUGAAAAUACUGUCAGUUUCCAAAUGUAUUGUUGGACCAUCACUAAUACAUUUUACUCUAUUGGCAAACAUCAGAACAUUUUACAGCAUGUGCACUAAUGUAUUACAUUGAGUACCUAGAGAUGUCUGUCAUCGUGCAGUUUAACAUGUCCUGCUUUUAAAACUGUUUCCUUUUGAAUUCCUUAUUUAUCUACACUUAUGGAAGUAUUAUUUUAUUGUGUACAUAACAGUAUUAGACCACUGAAGUCAUGUUUUGUCCAUGUUAGUUAUUUCAUGUGUUCCUGUUCUAGCUUUGUAACAGUGGCUGCAAGCUGCAAAUGUAUUUCCCUUCCCCUAAAGCCUGCAUUGAGUAAUGUUUAACCUCAACUGGGCUGCUUUUUUACAGCAUGAAGAGAUUGACUAAGCAUCUCCUGACAAAUUGCUACUAAAAGUAAGAAUGCAGCCUUGUUCCUGUAAGAGAGAUACUGGAUGAGUACAGGAUAGCUGUCUCAGAGCCUGCUCUAACCCGUGGGCUGAUCCUUCUGUUCCCAUGAAGCAGCCAAGAGGCAGCUGUGCUUGCAGUAGUGAAACACAAACGGUUUCACUGGAGCUAAACACAUUUGACGUUGCAGUUGCAAUGGGAAGCCCUCACUGAGCCUUCUUACUCUCUUCUUUGCUCCUCUGAUUGCAGUAGAACUGUUUUAGCCUUUAGAGCAGUGCCUUAGGUAAAAGGACAGAUGUAUUUUUGUACAAUAGCUGUUUCCUCUGGCAGAGACAAUCAUUCUAACAGCAAAGAUGCUGGGAUAUUUCUCUGUGCUGAUACUGUUUGUUGUCUGUUACAGCUCUGUGUAAAUACAUGCACACUGUUAAAUAAACUUUGCAGUUGAAUAAUGCUUUA